ACUGUACAGUUUCAACUCUCGGUCGCCGAAGAUAGAGAGCCGAGCACGUCCGAGGCGGCACGCCAUCCCAGAUUCUUUUGUGCCUUUUAAAAGAUUUCGUGCACAAAAUUUGCCUAAACGACCUUUUCUGGCCGUCGGUCGAUAAGUUUGAUCGGGCGUUAAGUGCAAAUCGAAGACGACUCCUCCGAACCCGUUCUUCGGCGUUCUCCAUUCAACGUUCCCAGUUGAAAUAUGUUUGAAAUCUUUUAAAUGUUGUUUACUCGUUGUUGGUUGAGUAAAAGUGCAUAGUGUUCGUUUGGGUGCUAUCUGGCUGUGUGGAUUUUUGGAUUAACCAUGGACAGUGUGGCCAAUAAUAUGACGAGUGAGGAUAGAGGAUGGGAAUACAAACAAAUAAACGUGACACGUGUUCCUGGAUAUGGCUUUGGCAUCGCUGUUUCAGGAGGCAGGGACAAUCCACAUUUUGCAUCAGGAGAUCCAAGUAUAGCAGUUAGCGACGUUUUGGCAUCAGGCCCCGCAGAAAGGAUUUUACAGGUAAACGAUAGGAUAAUAUCUGUAAACGGUAUAUCGUUGCAGAAUGUUGACUAUCAAACUGCAGUACAAGUACUGCGUGACUCGGGUGAUACAGUUAGUUUAGUGAUAAAAAGAAGAGUGCCACAACAUAACCAUCAACAUAGUCUUAGUGCCUUAAGCGCGUCCUAUAUGGGACCCUCCCCUAACGGAUUAAACGGACUCCCAGCCAAAGUAACCCUUACGAAAAACUCGAAAAAAGAAGAUUUCGGUAUAGUCUUAGGGUGCAAAUUAUUCAUAAAAGAAAUAUCAGCAAAAGCCAGGGAACAACUGCUCAACACCAAUCAAGUUUUAACGGAAGGCGAUUUUGUCACGAAGUUGAACAACACCAACUGCCAUGAUCUGAUGAGUCUCAAGGAAGCCAAAAAAAUUUUGGACGGCAGUAAGGAUAAGAUACACAUAACAGUGGUCAGAGAUUUUGGUCAAACGAUCAAUGGCAUACAUCAAGCUCAAAGUUCAAUCAGUACUACUGGGGCCGUGAACAAUUUCUAUAAAGGAGAUGACUUCCUCACCUCUAGUCAAAGCUACUCGAAUCAGAACCUGUACGUGCAACCUCCCACGAGAAACCCCAACAUAAAUCCUGCGGGUUAUGAGGACAAACUCGAGCAGAACAACAGCGCAUCGAAUUCUCUGUUGGACGACAAGAGCAACCUAGCACCCAGGGACAGAUCGAGAGGUCCGCUGACGGAGCAGAACCUGAACCAUCUGGAGAACAGGAGCUAUGGACGAUCGAAAAUGAGAGAAGAACCCCCGAGACCGCCUCCCCCUCGGAAUGAAGAUUAUUAUGGUGGUAAUAGAAGACAAAUGUACGACAGUGACCCCAUCAUCCAAAAAAUAAAACAACCCAUUCCAGAUGCCAGGUUUAUCACAUUCCACAAGGAGGGUUCGGUGGGAAUCAGACUGACGGGUGGAAAUGCAGUUGGUAUUUUUGUAACUGCUGUGCAACCUGGCAGUCCGGCAUCUCUACAAGGUUUGCAGCCCGGGGACAAAAUCCUUAAGGUCAAUGACAUGGACAUGACUGGAGUGACGAGAGAAGAGGCAGUGCUUUUCUUGUUGAGUCUCCAAGAUAGGAUAGAGUUAAUAGUGCAAUUUUGUAAAGAGGAAUAUGACAAUAUCGUGGCCUCUCAAAAGGGCGAUAGUUUCUAUAUAAAGACACAUUAUCAUUACGAUGAUCCCGCCAAAGGAGAGAUGUCGUUCAGGAGCGGGGAUAUUUUCCACGUGAUAGAUACUUUAUACAACGGCGUUGUCGGCUGCUGGCAAGUCUUCAAAAUAGGUAGAAACAAUCAGGAAGUACAAAAAGGGAUAAUACCGAACAAAUCCAGAGCUGAGGAACUGGCAACGGCGCAGUUCAAUGCCACAAAGAAGGAGAUGUCGACGAACGAAUCCAGAGGCAGCUUCUUCAAACGGAGAAGAAGCUCGAAUAGGAGAUCGAAGAGUCUGGGCAAAGAACACUGGGACGACAUACUAUUUUCAGAUACAGUUUCCAAAUUCCCAGCCUACGAGAGGGUACUCUUGAAACAUCCCGGUUACACCAGACCUGUGAUAAUGUUCGGACCUAUCGCCGACGUUGCCAGGGAGAAACUCUUGAAAGAUUUUCCGGACAAAUUCGUUUCUCCACAACAAGAUACCAACGUUGAGGAUCACAAAUCCCAGAAAAAUUCCUCAAACAUAAUCAGACUGUCGGCCAUCAGGGAAAUAAUAUCGACGGGGAAGCAUGCCCUGUUGGACAUAACGCCAAACGCCGUCGAAAGAUUAAAUUACGCACAGAUGUAUCCAAUCGUUGUUUUCUUCAAGGCUGAAACCAAAUUAGUCAUAAAGCAGUUGCGACAGGGAUUACCAAAAUCUGCUCAUAAAAGUUCUAAAAAGCUCCUCGAGCAAUGCCAAAAAUUGGACAAGGUCUGGAGCUACGUCUUCAGCAGUACUAUAACAUUGAACGACAAUACGGACAAUUGGUAUCGUAAGGUCAGAGAUGUUAUUGACAAGCAACAGGGUGGAGCAUUGUGGAUGAGCGAGAACAAGUUUCCGAUGGAGUUCUUCGACGACCUCUGCAUAGUAAUUACCCCAAUACCUCGCGUCUUCUCUAGAACUUCGAAUUCACUUCCCUCCUAUUACAAUCAAAAAUGCAGGCAGAAAAGAAGGGCCCCACACUCCAUGUACAGUACGCCCCAAUUCAUGCACAGUUACUACUAUGGUAACAGCUAUGGUUAUCCGAUAACCUCCCUACAUCGUUAUUCCCAAAGCACGUUGGGUAGCUGUGAAUAUCAAAAUUUGCCACAUUAUCCAGAGGAAUCACUAUCUGACGAUUUCCUGUUCCCCAUGUCGUCACUCAGGUUGUCCUACGCGAGUUCCCCAGAAAGUGACCUUGAACACAGUCCUGGUCCUCCUGGCGCUAGUCCUGGAACAGGUGGUACAAAUUCUGUUACUCCAGGAAGACUCACCAAGGCUAGCUCCGAUCCUAGUGUCGUCAUGGCCGAUAAUAGCACCACUGACGUCCUACCACCCUAUCAGCCCAGUUAUGACACAAGAUACGGAUUCAGCAACCAGAAUCAUAGCGCGGAACCGGAUACACCAACCAGUAAAGACCCCAGCUACAGCAUAUCCACACAAGAUAUACCAUCAGCGUUGGACCAGAGCGCUUACAACAAAUCCGGAGUGUAUUCAGCGCAACCCAACCAGGAAUACGAAAAGGGAGAGUAUCCUAAACAGGAAGCCAGGACGGAGUACAGCCAAGAGAGGAUAUCGGAGCUCAGGGAUGAGUUCGAUGAGAAUGGGAAGAUAGUCGAUUUCAACAUGAGGCACAGGAGGCAGCAGAGCGCCAUGAUGAGUCCUCAGUAUCAGGGUAAAGAAUCCGGGGACCAUACGCCUACAAGAACACCGUCCAAGGAGGGUUUGUACGGUCACAUACCGGAUUUGCCGCCGAGGGUUGAUAGGGGAGCUAAACCACCUGGAGGUGCUGUUGCUUCCCCUAGUAAAAUACCAAAUGGACGAUCUGCCCACGAAAGACUGUUUGGUGCAAAGUCAAAUACAGCUAAAGAGGCAGGCGAACAAAAUGCGGCAGAUCCAAAUUUCACCUCCAAACUUGGAUCUUUGGAAAGAAGCCACAACUCCAAAUCGGAUUCUCUCUCGAGCUACGAUUCCUUCAACAAACCCACCAACACUCGGAUAGGACCGAACGCUCACGAUGACCUCAAAACGACCCUGUCGAAGAUUGACCAUACCCCCGUCCCCCAGAGCAAUUCUGCGAAGUUUACUUCACCGUCAGGUCAGAGAUGGGACCAGAGUCCACACCGGUAUGGAUCUAAAAUGGAUCUCAAGUAUGGCUUACCGCUAGCGAACGACCAAGGGCUGGAUAACAGCCCUAGGACGUCUAGGGAAAUGGACAAAGAUGGCAAUCCUGUGGACAUGAUGAACUUACGGAGCCCCACAGAGAAGGAUAUGUACAGGUACUCGAGGGCUAUAGCGAAACAACCCUUAUCUCCGCGAAGUCAUAUGGAAACAAAAACUGAUUAUGGCAGAUAUAGAAGUUCCCACCAAGACCUCUCUCAGUCCCACCUGAGCAUCUUAUCUCCGAACCACCACGCUACCCCAGCCAAAGCUGUGCCUCCAACGAACGGAUACGACACCAGGCAAAUGGGAGGUCAACAGCACCCGCAAUCCUACAAACCGGUGCCACCUCCCAAACCCCGUAACUACAAGCCGCCAUACAAUGGGGGAAACAUGGAAGGGAUGGUACAACCCCCGCCGAACCCCUCGUAUCAACACGGAAAAAGUCACAGCAAUCCUAUUGAACGAGGGCAGAGUCUUCCCCCAGGCCAUAACUAUUAUUACAACGUUUCUUCGAACUCCAACUCCAACAACAGCUCUUGGCAAGGGCCGCCCGGUGAAGGUAUGAGGUACACCUCUUCCCACGGUCAUUAUGACAUGACGCCUCCGUAUGACACCAGAAGACAUCCCGGCAUAUCUUACGCGUCGAGAAGCGAAAUUCAACCCAUAUCGGCCAUAGAGAAUUCCCAUCAGAUGUACGCCGAAGAGCAGUCGAACAGACCCAUGGAGAGGCCCAUCGUUGACCUUCAGGGUUCCAGGGAGCAGAGAGGAUCUGCCUUCGAAUUGUACAGGAAACCUGUUCAUCAUAAUUUACGGAUCAUGGAAGACUCGUCUUCGUUCGGAUCGCAGCCUAAUAUCGCACAAAAACUAACAAACUCACCAAAAGUAACGCCUAAACUAACCAAAGCACAAUCGUUCAAACAGCCAAAGUCAGAGAGCUUUGGCCCCAAACUGUUGAGGAAGCUUUCGUUCAGGAGCAAAAACAGGGAAACGCCACCUAGCGCUAAUAAAAAAACGAGCGCGGCUAAAACAGCUAUCGCUGAGGCUCCGAGAGUAAGGGAGGAUUUGAAUCGGAACCCGGACUUCAGUAGGCCCAGUAAAAGGGACAUAUCUAGUGCAUUCAUGGAUCACAGAGGAGGAACGUUGGUUAAUGAAUAUUGGGGCGUUAUAUUAGAAGUUCCCGAUGGUGCUAUCGCCAAGGGCGAGAAGAAAGAGAUCUACUUCGUUGUUUCCGAUCCUAGACUUUGCGAUAAUAUACCCCCGUUGGACUUGGAUAACGGUGAAACGAUGUUGUCACCAUUAGUCAUGUGUGGACCGCAAGGUACCGAAUUUUUGAAACCUGUGAUUCUUCAUAUUCCCCAUUAUGCAAACACACUUCCCAGCCUAGGCAUAAGUCUCAAAGCGACAGAUUCAGAACAGGACAUGUGUACAGACUGGGAUAAUAUAUUGCUACCAAGUAACCAUGCAGCAAAUAGUGUUGCCGUAAAAGUGGAUCAUUUUUAAUCUCACCCAAGUAUAAAACUGCAAUAUAAACAUUGGUAAUCGCCAUAAAUAGAAAUUUUUCCAAGGAGUUCAUGCUCUGCUGAGGUGUUUCUAUUCAAUUUGUAAUGAAAAUAAGUGCAAUUAAUACUUCUACGAUAACUUUUAUUUACGUAUAUAGAUCGUAUAUUGUUGCUCAAAUUUCUUUUAAUCUUUUAAGUUUUCACGAAUCUCUUGUUAUAAUGAACAUGUGGACUGAAUUGAUGUUCAUCGAAGUGAUUACCUAGAAAUCAAAACAUUAUAUGUAGUUUGUAAUAUAAAACUAGGAUGUAUUUUUUAUAAUUGAGAAUAAUAUAAGAUGUACAGUUUGUAAUAAUAAAGAUUCUUUUCGAUUGA